AACCUUAGGAAAUGAACAAAAGUCUUUGCUCUUGUCUAAAUAUCUGGACAGAAAGUUAAUAGGGACAAGGGAGGAGGUGAAUAUCAGAAGAAGGGCAGUGAUUUUACGCGAAUUUUUCGAGAAUUCUGACCAUCGCCAUAAUUAUACCAUUCACGCAGGAACACGCGGAGAAGGACUUUUCCUGAACGGGUCUGAUCAUGACGCUAUGGAGGUACACCGUGAUGUAAUUGUGAUGUAUCCUGAUCAGUGUAUUUCUCCAAACGACACACUCAAAACUAUACUUUAUAUUAGAGAGGCAGCAGAUUGUCGUCCUGGUUAUGUCAACUUAGAGUUUGGUCAUUUAGGGCAAUACUUCGAUGAAGCCUUGCAUCAUUCACUUGUUAGGAGAGGGAACUCAAUGUUUGUUUCCAGUGAUCUUUAUAGGGAAGUCCAUGUCAAUCUUCGCUCAAAACUGUCAGGUUUACAACAUGAGUCAAAUGGUCCUAGUUCUACGAUGAGGAUAUCGCUUGAUUAUGAUAUUGUUCAAUGUUUUUCGUGUAAAAGUUGGCCUAAGGAGGCUGACGAAUGGAUUACUCGUACACGUCUGUAUGGAUGGCCAUGUCAAACCCUGAUAGAAAAGAUUGUGCGCAGCGGAUGCCAUCUUGUCCCUGUAGGAGAUAAAUGUUCUAAAAGCACAUUUUUACAAUGGAGAAUCUCACUUGUAACAGCAGAAAGGUCUUUAGUUCACUCCUUUAGUCACAUUCAACUCCAAGUGUAUGCACUGCUGAAGUAUUUCUUAAAACAGAUACAAGCCACAUUAAAAGAAGCCAUUGGGGAUGACGACAUCUUGUGCUCCUAUUUCUUAAAAACAGUCCUUUUCCAUGCAAUAGAGAAUACCAGUCAAAAGUUGUGGCAAGAGAAAUAUUUGUUUUAUUGCUUUUGGUUUUGCUUCAACAUUCUGAUUGCUUGGAUCAGGGCAGGAUUCUGUCCUAAUUACUUCAUCCCAACCAACAACUUGUUCAAGAGGAAAGUACACGGACAAAGUCAGAAAAUACUGUUGGAUAUUUUGACCAACUAUUCGACGUUGAAAUGGAUGUGUCUUUCUGUCGGAACCUUUUUCGAAAGCUCAAUAUGGGAUGAUCUUUGUAAUAUCACAAUGCAAGCUGUUCUUGCAAAGCCUAGAUUAGUUCCAGAAAUUAUUCUUGGACAGGAUUUGACGACACUUUAUUAUAUGCCAGUCGAAAAAGAAAUCUGCGGUUUCACACCCAGGACUAUCACUCAAGCAUUCAACUCAUUAACAACUUUACAAUCGGAGGACGAUCAGGUCUAUGCAUACCGCUACGCUACGAAAGGCCUUGACAGUCUAGCAAAAGAGCAACUUGAUGCAGAUCACUUACUUGCUCGCGAGAACAAGUCAAGGUACCAAAGACUGAGAAAGUGCAAACACUGGAUGAUUCCUAGAUCUUCAAUGGGCACAGAUCUGUUGUAUUUAGCAACUUUUCAUUUUUUAACAGGAAACUACAGAAAAUCCCGAGACAUGAGCCAACAGGUUAUGAAACUAGCAUCAUAUUACAGAGUGAACAUUGGUGAAGUGCACCAAGAUAUGAUAGCAUUAUAUUUGCGUGAAUUUCAUCACCCUGGAAAUACAGUAGACAGGCUGAAGAGAACAUGCACAGAUGUCCUUUUCUUUUACCACAAGACGAUGCAUCUUCCUCAUCUCUGUCUGGAGCUGUUAAAGGAACACAGGAACAUAGCUAUUCCUCCAUUACCGUAUGCGCUGUUCCUGAGCUUCCUGUGCUGCCAUGAGCUGAGAGACACCAGAGGACGUGAUACAGCCCUACACAACCUGAUAAAAGUUCAGGAACAUGAAGCACAAGGGGGACACAAAUUCUGGAUAGUUCACACUCUCCUGGGGAUCUGUUAUCAAAUUCUUGGAGACUUUCAAAAGGCAAUUAGGGCUUACUGGAAAUCAGCUCAAUCUAAGACUCAUUAUCAUGAGUGGAAUCCUGCCAUUGAAAGGAUAGCUGUGGUGCACCUAUGUAUAUAUGCCUCACAUAUGUCUAACAGAGAAUAGAUGUCUUGUCUCUGCAUAUGUAUGUCUCACAGAGGUCGGACAAAGUAUAGCAUUGAUGUAUCUAUGAUGUAUAUCUCUCAGAACUCUAACAAAGGAUAACUGUGACAUAUUUAUGUAUGUGUGUCCCACAGAAGUCGGACAGAGGAUCGCCUUGUGUCUCCAUGUUCGUAUAGCCCACAAAGAUCUGUUAAAAUAGCUCAAAAAGAGUUGACAGAAAAGGAACAGCUGUGACGCUUUAUGUGUGUACGUCUUACAGAGGUCUGAAAAUAAUACAGCCUUGCUGUAUCUAUGUGCAUUUAUCUCACAUAGAUCUGAAAGAAAUAGCUGUGGUGUAUCUAUGUAUGUAUAUCUUAGAGGUCUGACAGAGGAUAGCUGUGGUGUAUCUAUGUAUGUCUCACAGAGGUCUGACAGAGGAUAGC